AUGUCUGUGGUCGCAGUCGGUGCAUGCUAUCUGGACACCAUCCUCACUACAUCGUAUUAUCCAGCAGAGGAUGAAAAGCUGCGAGCGUCCAGCAUUGUCCGUCGAAGGGGCGGAAACUGCCCCAAUACUCUGGAAGUAUUACAACAAUUGGUUGCUCACCCAUCGACGGAGAAAAAAUUAUCAAUGAAUCUCGUUACUAUUCUUCCUGCAAAAGAGUCAUUAGUCUCGCAGCAGAUAAGGUCGGUUUUUGAGCCACAUGUGCGCCUCGACCACUGCAUCUACCGGGAGGAGUUUCAAGAGCCGGCGUCAAGUUACAUCAUCAAGAGCCAAUCCACUGGCAGCAGGACGAUUGUGAAUUACAACGAGCUCCCAGAGAUGACUGUGGAGGAGUUUACUCAAAUUGCAGACAAGCUAGGCCCUCAAGCGACCUGGUUCCAUUUCGAGGGCCGGGUGCCAGAUGUGACUUUGGGCUGUAUUCAAUAUCUCAGGAAACAGUUUCCCUCUGUUCGCGUAAGUAUUGAGGCUGAGAAGCCGGGUAGGCCUGGUCUCCAAGAGCUUGCCGACGCAGCAGAUGUCGUUUUCAUCUCAAAGUCAUGGGCAGUGAGGACUGCUUAUCCAAACAAGCGGAUCGAUUACCCAGGUGGGAGCCCAGCCAGCCGAAUUUCAGACCAUUGGCUAACGAACUUGGAAUUUAGAUCACUCGUAUGUUGCACUUGGGGAGCUAAAGGGGCCGGGGUUUACGACGGGAGAAGUAUGGGAGACAUUGCGGUGAUUCCUGCUUAUAAAAAGCCGCACUCGGAAGUUGUCGAUCCUAUCGGAGCUGGAGAUACAUUUAUUGCCGGUAUGCUGUAUGCAUUAAAUUGCAGGGACAAGAUUUGGUCCAUUGCCGAAAGUGUUGAAUUCAGCACAAGGGUUGCGGGCAUGAAAGUGUUCCAGGAAGGAUUCUCCGGGCUUGACCAGGUGCUUUCAUCAUUAUCAUGA